AUUCAUACGCAUGCUGGUACGGGGGGGGGGUUGGUUUAUUUGUGUAUUUACAUAUUCAUUUUCCAAGCGUAUUGCUCUCUUCCAGGGGGGUCGUUGUCUAGGGUUUUAUUAGCAGAGGGUUUGGUUUGAUGAAAGUCCAUACGAUGCUAUUUCUCAAAUGUAUUCUCUCACCAGUCAGGUGCUCUGUGCCAUGCAGCAUUUUCUCUAAAUAUUCAUUGUCCUCGACCUCAAAUUUGUCUAAUGUUACAGAAGAAAAGGAAGAUUACAGGCAGCGGCAACAAAAUGCUAUGGCCAAAUUUUUGCUCAAUGAAUGUGGGCUUUCUGAGUCCCAAGUAUCAGGUCUUUGUAGCAGGCGUGCAAAAAUGUUCGAGACCAAAUCCACCCAUAGUGCUCAGCAGGCAGUCCAGUUCUUCAGAGACUCAGGAUUCACUGAAAAUCAGGUAAGGAAAAUUCUUUUUAUGCACCCCACUGUUUUGAAUCUCGAAGUGGAUACCCAGUUAAAGCCUAUUAUCGAGUUCAUGAAGGAAUUAGGUUUUACUGGUAGCAAGCUGGGACACGUUUUAUCUCUAAGACCUAGGUUGGUCUCCAUCAAUUUGGAACAAACCUUAAGCCCGAAAAUUCCAGCACUUAUAAGCUUAUUUGGUUCAAAGCUUAAUCUGUGCAAAGCUCUCAUGUCGUAUCCUGAGAUAUUGGAAUGUAAAGUUGAAAAUUUGAAACCUAAAAUAGAUAUUCUAAAACUAUCCGGGAUUCAAGAUGAGCUGUUUCUAGAUGUAAUGAAGUUAAGGCCCAAAUUAAUUUUCAGCAACAGUGAGGAGGUGCUGAAAUUAAAGAUUGAAUAUGUACGGAACUUGGGUGUUUUGAAGGGAUCGAAAGCAUUUGUAGCUGCUCUGUUUGCUGUGGAUAGUAGUGGACUAGACAAUUUUGAAAAUAAAAUAAAACAUAUGGCAAAACUCGGUCUUUUGGAGAAUGAGAUCAUACAGAUUGUAAAGAGGGCUCCUCGUACGUUUGCUAAUAGCAUUGAUAAGACGGAAAAAAAUAUGGAUUUCUUGAAACAUACUGCUGGCUUUAAGCCAAACAUUGUGGUCUUGCAUCCUCGUCUUUUAUAUUAUAGCAUAGAAAAUAGGAUGCGACCUCGCCAUAAGGUAAUUGAAUUUUUAAGGGAAACAGAACCAUCUAGACUUCCCACAGAUCUAGCUCGUAUGUAUAACCUAAGUGAACAAAAUUUUGCCCUCAAGUUUCUAAUGGGCAAUCCGGAGGUUACAAAGCUAUUUGAAAAGUACAAGGGGAAGUCUGAUGACAUUGUCAAUUAGAUGAUGGACUCUUUUGGAGGUUGGAGCAGAAAAAGAAGGGGUUUUAAAAAACUGCAGGCCUUUGCAUGAGGAUUUUUUUAUCAAUUCAGGCUUUAUCUUCAAGUUGAACCAGAUAAAAGAAGGUUUAAAUGAAUCCAGGCCUUUUCCUGUGGUUGGAUCAAGCAUAAGGGGGUUUGAUCAAUCCAGGCAUUUUCUUCCGGUUGGAUGAGACCAAAUGGAGUUUUCUUGAUGUUUGAUGGGAUCAGCAGGGGUCUUUAAUAUACAGGCCUAAAUAGGCUGCAGGUAUGUGCUUCAGUAUACUUUAUUAUGUGAUCAUUAUUGACUCUUGAAGAAUAGUGUCCUGUAACUGAAUUGUAUGGUAGUGCCCUGAUAGAACAAAACUUUCCAAAGACAUAAUAAAUAAAAAAAAGUCUAUUUUAUGA